GACCACUGAGACAUGAGUGCACUUUAUUCCGUUCAAAACCGAUACAGCCUCUGCUGCAGACAACGAGGGUCUGUCUGGAGCAGAAAGACAAACGCACCCUCUUUACCUUCUCUCUUCGAUUUUUGUCUCUCUUCUUACACUUUAAUCUUUGCGACAUUGCCCUGUUCUUAAAGAAACCUCAGAAUCAAUCUAAUCUCACUUACAAUCAUCUUUCUUUAACUAAUCUCUCUGGGUUUCUGUCUUUCGUCUUCUACUACCGGAAAUUCGAUCAACAUUGUUGAUAGGAUAGCUGUUUGUGUUCUUGGUGCUUUCGAGUAGACUACAGUCGUAUGAAGUGGUAGCAAGGAAGAAUGAUAGAUGAAAAUGCCAAAAAGGGCAAGUUCUCUUGGUCAAAGUCAUUGGUUCGAAAGUGGUUCAGUAUCAAGAGCAAAUCCGAGGAAUUUCAGACCGAUAAAGGUGUUUAUGGAGGUGGUGAUGGCGAAUGGAGGAAUACUUUUUCUCAACGGGAGCCACCAGCUAUCAAGAAAACUAAAACUGAGAAAUCAAGCAAGAGUACUGAGCGUCCCAGGCGGAGUAGAGUUUAUCUUGAUCACCCUCAGAUUAUAAACGUUCAUAACUACAGUAUUUUUGCAGCUACAUGGAAUGUCGGUGGAAAAUCCCCUUCUAGUAAUAUGAAUCUUGAUGACUGGUUACAUGCUGCUCCACCUGCAGAUAUUUAUGUCCUUGGAUUUCAAGAAGUAGUCCCCUUGAAUGCGGCUAAUAUUCUCGGAGCGGAAGACAACGGCCCUGCAAAAAAAUGGCUAACCCUAAUACGUAGGACACUGAACAAUCGGCCGGGUACAAGUGGUGGAAGUGGUUGCUACACUCCUUCACCGAUCCCCGAUCCAGUCGCUGAAUACGAUGCUGAUUUCGAAGGCUCGUCAAGACAAAAAACAUCUUCUUUAUUUCACCGAAAGUCAUUUCAAGCACCUCGAAGCUGGAGAACCGAAAACGACUCGUCGAUGCCACAAGCGCGGCUCGAUAGGCGAUACAGUGUUUGUGAUCGGGCCAUCUUUGGUCAUCGGCCUAGUGACUAUUCUUCAAGUCAUAGACCAAGUGAUUAUUCCUCUUCGGGUGGUCAUAGGCCAAGUGACUAUUCCUCUAGUCGGAGGCCUAGUGAUUAUAGGCCAAGUGAUUAUAGGCCGAGUGACUAUUCGUCUGGGAAUCGGCCUAGUGAUUACUCAUCGUGGGGUCAAAGACCGAGUGAUUGUUCAAGGUGGGGCUCAUCGGAUGAUGAUUAUGGACCCAUGGAAGAUUCACCCACCACAAAUUCUUUCUCACCUGCUUCAGUCAUGGAAGAUGGAUCUAGGUGGCCUAGCCACUCUAGGUAUUGUUUGGUUGCUAGUAAACAAAUGGUUGGUGUUUUUCUCACUGUUUGGGUGAAGAAUGAUUUGAGGGAGCACAUUCGGAACAUGAAAGUGUCUUGUGUUGGUAGAGGAUUGAUGGGGUACCUUGGGAAUAAGGGAUCUGUUUCUGUGAGUAUGUUGUUGCAUCAAACAAGCUUUUGCUUUGUAUGUAGUCAUUUGACUUCCGGACAGAAGGAAGGUGAUGAGCUAAGAAGGAACUCUGAUUUUAUGGAAAUCAUUAAGAAAACAAGGUUUCCACGUGUUCAAGGCACACAUGAUGACAAAUCCCCAGAAACGAUAGUGGAACACGAUCGAAUUAUCUGGCUCGGGGAUCUCAAUUACCGAAUUGCCCUCUCUUAUCGGUCAGCUAAGGCGCUUGUUGAGAUGCAAAACUGGAGAGCAUUGCUGGAGAAAGAUCAGCUGCGGAUCGAGCAAAGAAGGGGCCGUGUAUUCCAGGGAUGGAACGAAGGGAAAAUCUACUUUCCACCAACGUAUAAAUACCUAACUAACUCAGACAGAUAUACCGGGGAUAGUUUGCACCAUAAGGAGAAAAGACGAACGCCUGCAUGGUGUGAUAGGAUUUUAUGGUAUGGGGGAGGUCUUCAUCAAUUAUCAUAUGUGCGUGGUGAAUCUAGGUUUUCGGAUCAUAGACCAGUUUACAGCUUAUUCUGGGCUGAAGUUGAAUCGAACUCUGCUUCUUCUGACAACAAACACUACAGUCUCAACAUCUACAAGAGGUUGCUUGAAGAAUUACUAUUGAAAAAGUUGGAUGGAAUGGUCAAAGAUGGGAAAGAUGAAGAUUAUUUUAUUCAAGAUUCUUUACUUUGGUCUCACGUCUACUGUUAUUGUCUGCUUUUGCUUUUUCUGUGGGAGAUGGGAAAGCAGGAAUUCAUACAAAAAGAGACAUUAUCUGGGGCAUGCCAGGUUUUGAAGAGGCUAACAUUGAUGUGGAGAAGGAAAGAAAUAUAG